AUGGCAACUGAGCAGGCACCAAUGUCCAUUAACGGCGUCUAUGCCGCCCACCAGGGCCAGGCAUACGACCAAAAUUAUGCCGCGCACAGUGCCAACGCCGCCGCCUACAGCGCCGGCCACCAAAACACCUCCACCCCCCAGUCCACCAGCUCUAACAGCGCUGCCGAGAUCCCCAAGGAUGAGGUUGGCUGGUACUUUGUUGAGCAGUACUACACUACUCUUAGCCGGACGCCUGAGAAGCUCUUCCUCUUCUACAACAAGCGUUCGCAAUUCGUUUCCGGCGUUGAGGAGGAGAAGGUCGACGUUUCCGUUGGACAGAAGGCGAUCAACGACCGCAUAAAGGAGCUGGACUUCAAGGACUGCAAGGUCCGCGUUACCAAUGUCGACUCUCAGGGUUCCGACGCCAACAUUGUCAUCCAAGUCAUCGGCGAGAUCUCCAACAAGAACCAGCCCCACCGCAAGUUCGCUCAGACCUUCGUCCUUGCUGGUCAGACCAACGGCUACUUCGUCCUGAACGACAUCUUCAGGUACGUCAAGGAAGAGGAGGAGGAGGUCGUUGAGGAGGAGGCUGCUCAGGACACCACUGCUGCCCCUACUGGCUACGAAGAGCCCUCCCCGAGCGUUCAGGAGCCCGUUGCCGAGGCUCCCGCGCACGAGAUUGUUGCCAACGAGGAGGAGGCCGCUGAGGUCGACAACAAGCUCGAGGAGAUUCAGAAGGAGGAGACCCAACGCCCCGUUUCCCCGCCCCCCGCUCAGGCCAAUGGCACUCCUGUUCCCGAGGCUGCUGAGGUCGUCGAGGCUGAGGAAGCCCCCGUCGCCGCCGUCAGUGCCCCCGAGGUCCCCACCACCGAGCAGGCUGCCGCCGAGGUUGCUGAGGAGGAGGCUGCUCAGCCCGAGAAGCCUGAGGAUCCCGCUCCUACUCCUGCUCCCGAACCUGCCAAGGCCGCCCCCGCCCCCGCUCCCGCUGCUCCGUCCAAGCCGAUGAGCUGGGCUAUGAAGGCUGCAUCUGCCAACAAGUCUGUUGCUCCUGCUGUCCCCGCUGUUCCGGCUGUCCCCGCCCAGGCCGCCGCCCCUAAAGCCGCCUCUUCUCAGGGCAAGCCUGCUGCCGCGCCUGCCGCCCCCGCCGCUGCCGCGCCUGCUGCCGCUAGCUCCGCCGAUGCUCCUGCGGAUACGCAGCAGGAUGGCUGGCAGACUGCUGAGCACACCAAGCGCCAGUCUCGCAUCCAGAGCCAGCCCACCGAGCCCACCUCUGUCCGUGCCUACAUCAAGAACGUCUAUGAGAACAUGGACGCCGAUGUGCUGAAGGCUACUCUCUCCAAGUUCGACAAGAUCACCUACUUCGACAUCAGCAGGCCCAAGAAUGCUGCGUUCGUUGAGUUCGCGACCCAGGACGGCUUCAACGCUGCCGUCGCUGCCAACCCCCACACCAUCAACGGCCAGACCAUCUUCGUCGAGGAGCGCCGCCAGCCGGGCGGGCAGUUCCAGCGCUACCCUUCGCGCGGCGGGUCCAUCAGCCGCGGGCGCGGUGGCGCCGAUCGCCCCGGCCAGGGCCGUGGUGGCUUUAGCAAGGAGGGCGGUCGUGGCGGCUUCGCUCCCCGUGGAAGGGGCGGUGCUUCGGGCCCCCGUCGCGGCGGCAACGCGGCUGCCUAA